AAGAAGAAGAAGAAGAAGAAGAAACCACCACCACCACCACAGGCUGAACUGUCGAAAGCCAAACAACUGUCUGAAAACGUAAUACGCUAACGUUUUAACGAAGAACGUUUUAACGAAGAACGCGUUCACACCGCCCCGUUAUCCGAGCCUGCUCGCGGGCCAUGGCCGCAUGUGACGCGGUGCUCACGGUACGUCUCGUCCGGUCCUUCGAGCACAGGAACUUCAAGCCAGUCGUUUUUCACGGAGUCAAUUUGGACCAAACGGUUCAGAACUUCGUUCAGAUGGUCAGAGCCGAUGUCGCAACCAGAGGAGGGCUUCCCCCUCCUUUCAAAACAUAUGCAUACGACACCAUGAAGAUUAUCCACCAAGCACAUGGAGCAAAGACUAACGAGUUGGUGAUGAGUUUAGAAGACGAUGACAAGCUCAUUCUGCGAGACGACCAAACCCUCCGAGCUGCUGGCGUCGCAAAUGAAACUGAAGUGGCCUUCUUCAGGAAAGAAGACUACGGUCUCUAUAAAGCCAAUCCUCGAACUGCUUGGUGACCACACUACGUUACUUUACUCUUACUAAAGAUCCAGCAUGACAGAAACAAGGACAACAAGAAUGAUGCCGUCAUGUUCCCGUCACAGUUUUACUUUGUGGGUUUGUUUUAAAAACAAAGGGACAGGUAUGCCUUUUCAUUUCGUUCUUUUGGUCGCAAUCCUGGACAUUAACAAUCAUUGUUUAAAAAGAAGAAACAACUGCUGAAUGAAGUUCAAACAGCUAAAGUUGUUUGAAUGUUGCUUUUAAAAGGCAUAUAUAUAACAGAAUAAAAUGUACUGCACAUACAUUAAAACAUUGAAUUGUGCCCACAAAC